UGUCACAAAGGCCCUUUGCAGUAUGUGGCUGCAGGAUCUUCUGACUGUGUUUACUUCCAUAAGCUUUUCAAAGUAAACCCACAUUAUGCAGUUGACUGUCAUCCUGUAGUAGAGACUGACCUCUGACCUGUGUUACAUCAUUGUUAUCAACUGAAACAUUUUACAUUCACACUUUACUUUGUUAAUGAUGUUUUCACUGCAACUUUCAAUAUAUCUGGUAGGAACUUCUACCGACCUUGAUAUCUAUGUAAGGAGAAAAGAAACCUAUGCAUGGCGAUACAUCUAAAUGUGCGCUGUCAUGUGUCACUACUAAAAGCUGUGAUGAUAACACUGAACCCUUGGUUCCUGCUGUUCUGCCUGACUCCAACUCCCACAGGGCCUUGGGUUCAGUAUUGUUGGUGGGCAGGACUCAGCACGUGGUCAGAUGGGCAUCUUUGUCAGGACAAUAUUCCCCCACGGUGCUGCGGCAGCUGAUGGACGGCUGAAGGAGGGAGACGAGAUUCUGGAGGUGAACGGAGAGUCUCUGCAAGGACUCACACACCAACAGGCCAUCCAAAUCUUCAAGCAACUUAAGAAAGGCGUUGUAACGCUGACCAUUAGAACACGGCUGCGCAGCCCCAGCCUGACACCAUGUCCCACCCCCACCCUCCUCAGCCGUUCCACUUCACCCAACUCUCAUACCAGUGGAAGUACACCAGUCCCAUCAGGCUUCAACGAAGCUGAUGAACGCAGAGGCCCUGGCCCAGGUCCGAAGGACUGCAUUGUCAUGGAAGUUACACUUAAUAAAGGUAUCAGAGCAGGAGAUGGAUGACAUCAUAGCUCGAUCCACUCACAGGGACAAAAUGAGCAGGAACAAGCACUCAUUUCAUUCCCAAG